AUGGAGAUCCCGGCUCAAAUCAACUUUCACCAGAAGGCCACCAGCCCGGAUCACGGCAUUGGCCUCCUGGUCUUCUUCAUACCCGGAAAUCCUGGCAGCAUCGAAUACUACCGUGCCACUCUCGAAAAAAUCUUCUCCAUUCUGAAAGCCCAAGACCAAGGCGAAUGUAACGACUUGACAGUAUUUGGCAGUAGUCUCGUCGGCUUCGACAAUCAUGCAGACGAUGGAACACCGUAUAUCAGGACCGAUCACCAAUACAGGCAACCACUAGGUCUCGAAUCUCAGACCGCAUUCGUACUGAAGACUCUAUUCGCGGUCUUGGAUUUCCUUGAGUUGCCACAUCGUGUGGUACUGGUCGGGCAUUCCAUAGGAGCAUACAUAGCCCUGAAGCUCAUUGAGCAAGCUCGCCACACGAGCUCCAUACAUAACAACGCCAAUAUCGUGGGCGGAAUCAGCUUAUUCCCCACCGUACCAAUCCUCCGCUUCCCGCUCUUCCCAACUCUAAUCCACUACAUUUCCCGCCCACUACAACUCCUGCCUCUUUCAGAUCUGAUAAGGAUAGUCCGCUACACAACCGGCAUGCAACUCCCCGCCGCAACCACCACGGCAAAAUUCCUGCACUCGCCACACGGCGUACAACAAGCACUCCAUCUCGCCGCGGACGAAAUGCGGAGUGUCACUACGGAUCGCUGGGAUGAUCCAUUCUGGGGUAUGUCUGCUGCGAAGGACGGAGCAGUAGCCACGGGCGCGGCGGUCGUGAGGGAGGUCCUGCGGAGCACGGAAGCGCAGUCGUCCAAGUCUCCUGGUUUGUUUUUCUACUGGGGUGCGGAGGAUCACUGGGUGGCGAAUUCGACUCGCGAUGUUCUGAUCGCUAAACGUGGACGUGGUGCAGUGGCUACGGCGGGUGAGGAGGGGAAGCCUGUGAUGGAGAUUGAUGGGCAUGGUAUUCCGCAUGCGUUUCCUCUCAAACCGACACACAGCCGCAUCGUGGCGAAGAAAGUCGCAGGCUGGAUUAUUGAGAUCCAGGCGGAGAGGUAG